CCUGAUCCUCUCAAAGAUAUUGCUAAUAUUGCACUUGGAAAUAACUUUGAGUCUGUAAUUGACAUGUCUACAGGCUGGUGAGAAUAAACGCAGGUUUGUGAGCUGCUCAGGUUGGCUGGCGGGUCAAGUACUAGACAACUGCUGUAUAAUUCAAAUGAAGGGUAAAUUUCCUGAACAUUUUGUCGCAGCAAGCAAUUAAUAAUGAGUUAGACGCAUAAAAAUCCGACCCGUUUUUCCGGCAGCGAAACGGGCCGAUCCAGAUCCUGAUCCAUGAGACCAGGAUCCCAAAACUUGCAUUUCUCUCGUAGACGCCUUUUAAACUUACCAGCGUAACAAUCGGCCUGCAUCGCACGCUGUCGUCCGUCUUCCUCUCCAACGGAGUAGGGACGUCAGCGAGGAAACUCUAGACUUCGCUGGAACCUUCCACGGUGGCUGCCGACGCGGAAUUCAAACCAACGCGACUUGCUCUCCAAGCCAAUAAGGAGCCUAUAAAUACCUCUCCGAUUCAUGAAUCUCAUAUCUUUGCUUCCGAGGAAGAAGAGAAGAGGAGGCGAGAGAGAUCGAUCGCUAUGGGAAGAGGAACGGAGGCGUUUCCUGAUCUGGGAGAGCACUGCGAGCACGAAGACUGCAGCCAACUCGAUUUCCUGCCCUUCACUUGCGAUGGCUGCAACAAGGUCUUCUGCUUGGAGCACAGGACAUACAAAGGCCACGACUGCCCCAACGCGGAACAGCACAGCCGGAUCGUGGUGGUGUGCGAGGACUGCUCCAUGUCCAUGGAUAAGAUGGCGGGCGAGGAGGCGGCGGCGAUCCUGGAGCGGCACAGGAGCUCCGGGUCCUGCGAUCCGGCCAGGAAGAGGAAGGCCAAGUGCCCCGUGAAGCGCUGCCGAGAGGUGCUCACCUUCUCCAACACCAGCACCUGCCAUGUCUGCAACCUGAGGACUUGCCUCCGGCACAGGUACGCUACCGACCACGGCUGCAAGCCAUUACUCCGCUUGCCGCCGGCGGCGAGGAAUGGAAUGGCUUGCAGAGAUAAAAACAGCAGCCUGCCGCAUUCUCCUCCGUCCAUUAGAGCUUAUUGAGGGAUGGUAGUUGCGUGCGGUGGAUUUGCUUGUGGUUUGGGGGGCAUUUGAUCUGUAUACUAAUAAUUGAGAUGGAAAUAAGAGGUGAAAAAUUCGUGUGUGAAGUUGUACUGACCGGAUGAUCAUUUCAAGAAAUAGUUCAUAUUAUUUCAACAAUA